CAGAGCCUCUCGCCCGGCCGUGCAAUCGAUAAUGCCGCGCCGCGCGGGCACAGGACUCAGAUUUGCCGACUUCCCGCUUGCACAGAAGACUCAUGGCGACGUUCUGGCCGUCGACGCGGGCACAAUGGCUUGUCUCCUAAGUAGAGCAUCCGCGGAGCAGCUGUCGUCUUGUGCCUGCGAAUGAUGGAGUCUCCAAUGUAAACGCCGCUUCCUGCCCCUUCCGGCGGAGCGGAGCGCCGCGGGCAUGCUGCGCCCAAUGCCACGCCACAACUUCCACCUUCCGCCUCCCGGUGGUAUGUGCAUGAAUAUUGGACAAUUUCGCUAUGACGUCGCGGCACAUCAGGAAAAUGGAGAUUCGUGCAAUGCGUUGUUGUUGGCUGCGACCACGGCGAACGGCAGGGACGUGCCACUCAUCCCUUUUGCAAUCGAUUUCGCUCGACGCGGCAUUGCUUUCCCUGUCGUCGCAAUGUAGGAAGCGCGCCUGCAUCGUGAGUCCUGAACGGCGGCAGCCAAGACGCGGCUACGGUUGCGAUGAUGCACAAUUUGCUCGGCACUUUGGCGACCUGCAAUUGAUCGGCGCCGCCCCGGCAAGGAGCAUCACCGCCGGAGUCCUGGCCAGGCAGAGAUGCACAAGCCACGUUGCUUCCGUGUUCGACGAGAAAGUGCGAAAGUUGUUGCUUCGAGGUGAAAGUUGCGGUUCUGUCCGGUGAGAAGGUCGAAGACGGCGCAAAUUUUCGAUGGCUGUGGCCGAGCUGGCAAAAAUCUCGUGCAGUGGAGAACUCGCGAAGAAAGUUCUGGAAAAUCUUUGCGACGAACCCACGGAAGUGUGAAAACUGUGUGAAAAGCAAGUGAAAAUUCUCCGGGUGACUGUGUUAAUUGCGAAGAGAAAUGGAUUCCAGAGCAGACGAGAAAUUGUGGAAAUACCGCUCGAGUGGCUGACCUGGUUGCACUUGGUGGAUAUGCUAACGAGAAUUUAGAGUUAAAAUCAGGCUGUGAUGUCAUCCAUUAGUUGGCUACGAAUAAAGUGAUGUUUACUCGCUCAGAAAA